CAGCUGCAGAAGCGCCACUUGACGGCGAUGGGUGCAACGACACUCCCAAGUACGGGGUUCUUUGAUUUAUCUGCAAAACUGUGACCGGCACAUUGCUUCCAUCUCCAAAGCCUUCUUUUGGCUACUGAGUCAUGGUCAUGGAAACUCCGACCGCUCUUCACAUAGGGCGGGAGUUUGUCCGACAGUAUUACACGGUGCUCAAUAAGACUCCCCUACAUUUGCACCGGUUCUACAGUCAGGAUUCCUCCUUUGUGCAUGGGGGCCCUGAAAAGCAGGAGUGUGUGAUGGGUCAGCAUGAUAUCCAUCAACGCAUCGUGCAGCUCAAUUUCCGUGACUGUCAUGCCAAGAUCAAGCAAGUGGACUCCCUCACCACUUUGGGUGAAGGUGUUGUCAUUCAGGUGACGGGAGAGCUAUCGAAUGCUGGCCAGCCGAUGCGCCGUUUUAUGCAGACAUUUGUACUGGCACCCCAGCAGCCUUUGAAGUACUACGUGCGCAAUGACAUCUUCCGUUACCAAGAUGAGGUAUUCACAGAGGAGGAGGAAGAGGAAGAAGGCAGCACGGCUGCUGAGCAAGUGCAGGAAGAGGCUCCCGAGCCCCUAAUGACACACCAUCAAGCUGCACACUCGGAAGUGGCCCAGCACCCUGCUGAUGCCUCAACCCCUCUGGUGAAUGAGGCAUCCCUGCCUCCUCGGGGAGAGCAGCUGGGCAACGGGGGUAGCAGCCCACCUUCCAACAGCGUGGUCGCAACUUCUGGUCGGCCUGCUUAUUUUGAGUCACAGGUCAUGCGCAAUGGGACGGCACAUCUAGUCUCGGAAGGUGAGAUUUCUUCACAAGCUUCCCUGACAAGUGGCAGCCCUCCAGAAGCACCUUCGUCAGCCACCACUGUUCCUACCAGCAAUUCAAUGAACUGGAAAGACGACGAAGCCCCAGCACCACCUGCCGCACCACAGGUCAAUCAUCAGGCACUCCCCGAGACAAAGACUUAUGCCAACAUGGUGAGCAAGAACUCCGCACCCCUCUCGUCAGCUGGAUUUACAUCCCUAAGUCCUGCGGCACCUUUUGGUGGUGCUACCACCAGUGGGGCAGGACAUGGUCCUGCAUCAACAGGGCACCCUGGAGGGCGAUUUGGAGGUGAGCCCCUGCCUGGGGGCCUGCCACCAAGGCAAGACCAACGGCAGGGUCCACGAUCUCAGCAGCAGACACGGCCACCACGUUCCUCAUUGCCACCACCCCCUAAGCGGGCAGAGGGUAGCCGAAAUGAAACUGUACUCGGCAGCGAUGAUGGCACUGCGCCACCACCUCUCCGCUCUGGUGCCAAACCGCAGUAUCCCGACAACCAACAGGUGUUUGUGGGAAAUCUGCCACACACUAUCACUGAGGAGCAAGUGCGAAAACGCUUUGAGGAGUUUGGCCAUGUGCUUGAGUUCCGGAUCAACUCCAAGCCAACGGGCAAGAUGACAGCUGGUGGGAAAGCUGUACCUGUGAGUACAUUUAAAUUUUUUCCCAGUCUGUGUCGAUAACAUUUUUGAGUUUGA